AUGCCGCCGCGAAUACCCCUUGCCGCCGCCCUACGGCAACCCUCCACCCUCUUCCGAUCCCAAGUCGCCAACAUAUCAACCACCAACCCACAACAAAUCAUCCGCCAAAACGUACCCAGCAUAGCGUCGAACCUUCUCGACCUCGACUCCUCCUCCUCUUCAUCCCCCCAGCAGCAGCAGCAGCAGCAGCAGCACGGGCCCCAAGACUCCACGGCCGUGGUAUCGACCCUCUACGACCGCCUGCGGCACACGGUGGCGCGCCGCGUGGCCCUCGAGGAGAAGCUGCGCGAGAAUGGCCGCGCCGAGGACUUCCUGCGGCAGCUGCCUCGCCGCUGGCGCGCCGGCGACGUCUACGCCCCGCACGACAUGAGCCCCUCCGAGAUGAACAAGUUGCGCCGCACCCAGGCCCGCAAGAGGGACCUCGUCGACGUCCUCGGCCUCAGUCCCCUCGACAUGUACCGCAACUUCUCCGUCAUAUCAGAGUUCAUGACCGCGCACGGCCGGAUAAAGCGCGCGGUAGACACGGGUCUGCGGCCCGUGAACCAGCGGAAGAUGGCCAAGGCCGUGCGGCGCGCCAUCGGCCUGGGCCUCCACCCCAGCGUGCACUUCCACCCGGAGAUCCUGAUCCGGGAGAACGUCCGAUAUCAAGCGCAGACCUCGGCCACGGUCAACAGAAACGUCAGGUCUUAA